AUGUUGCAGUCCGGCGAGGCGGAUACCCCGGUGAUCGGGAGGCCGCGGGCCGUCCCCGAACGAGGCUUCUGGGGGUCCCGGCCCCCCAGCCCCGGCGGCAGCGAGAGCUCGGCGGUGAUGCCGGCUCCCCCCUCCCGCCCCAAGUCCAGGGCGGGCGCCAAAUACGACUCCCUCAACUACUGGAGAGCCAAGAGGGUGAUAUUCUACAAGAAUGGAGACUCAUAUUACCAAGGGCUGGAGUUCAGAUUUCGACCUGGCAGAGACGUCACCUCUUUAGAAGGACUCUUAGACAAGCUCUCCCAACGACUAGAUCUGCCGAGGGGAGCUAGGUUCAUCUUCUCGAUGGAUGGUGAGAGGAAGGAGUCUUUGGAUGAACUCGUGGAUGGCCAUAGCUACGUUGUUUCUUCUUACAAGACGUUCAAGGUAUUGUUUUAAAUUAUUUUACUGUUUUCUCUUAGGUUAUUUUGACUGAUAAAGAAUAUUAUAAGUUCAUGCUAUAAAGAAGUGCCUUUUUUAUUUCAAAUAUCAGUGGUUUUGUAAAAAGGCUUAAAGAAUUAUAUUU